AUGGCAGCUUCACGGCAGCCCCAGACGGCGGCUGCACUCUCGCCGGCGGAGAUGGAGCUCAAGCUAUUGUGGCAGGACGCCGAAGUUGAUUUCAGGCAAAUGACAAGAAGGAGCUUGAGGACGGACCAAGAAAAGAGACUAGAGGAUGUCCUGGCCGAGCUCGAUAGGAAGUAUCGACCCCCGGAAUCCGAGGCUGGCAAAGAAGACUCAGCCAAAACCAAGGCUAAGAUCCGCGCCACUGUCGGAAAAGUCCUCAGCUGCAUUCAAUUGUUGGGCGGCUUAGCUGCGCAAGGUGCAUCGAUUGUGUUUGGACCUGCCACCCUCUGCUUCAACGCCAUCUCGUUUCUGAUCGACGUCCCCGGCAAGAUCGCCGAGGUUUACGAAGGCGUGGGAAGCUUGUUCGAGGAGAUUUCGCACUCACUCGUGCUGUUCAAGAUCUAUGAGAACUAUACUAAGCUUGACCCCGACUUGAGAGACGGCACGCACAAGCUGAUGAUGUCCAUUGUGAGAAUCUGUGGGCUUUCUAUCAAAAUUAUCGAGGGCGGAGUUUUGCAUCACAUAAAGAUCGGAGCAAAAAUCACUUUCCUGAACGAUGACUCGGGCGUGAAGAGCGAACUUGCCAAGUUCAAAGCUCUGAUUGAAAAGCAAAGUCGUGUUACCGAAGCCAUCACCCUUCAGCAUGUGCUGAGCAGCGAAGACAAGAUCGUCCAGGUUCUCAAUGCCCAGUAUGAGAGUGCGGAGAAACUCGCCAACCUGGAGACGAACAUGAGCAUCGUGGUGGCAGACGUAAGCGAUCGUAAGAUGCACAUGAUUCUCUCGGAGCGACUUGACGCCAUGAGCAGAAUGUUGUCGACCACAACGGCAUCGGCUCAAGAGGCCAGGAAAGCGAUGCUCACCAUGAGAGACAAUCUCCUCACCGGAAGUGCACAAUGGCUCCUGGAUCAUGAAGACUACAAGGAAUGGAAGACUUCGGAAGCCGAGACGAUCCCAUUGCUCCUGCUUUCGGGGGAUACAAAUACCGGCAAGUCUUUUCUGCUGGCAGCCAUAGAAGAAGACUUCCGCAAGACUAGCACUGACGUCUCCAUUGCGUAUUACGGGUUCACGAAGCGCGAAGCAAAAAGUGCAAGAGACAAGCACAAGGAGGACGUGGUGACGGCAUUGAAGUCCAUGUGCCUGCAGCUGGCUGGCCAACACAAGCAAUAUGCCACAGAAAUGGCUGGCCUCAAAGAUGAUUUCAAACCACCCGAGAUGGGCAAAGAGAAAGAGCUUUGGGAAAAGCUCUGGUGGGACAAACUGCAAUUCUCGAGAUACCCCCAGACGAGGGAGACGGCAAACUUCGUCCUGAUGUUUGAUGGCCUGGAAGACUUGUCUGACAGCAACUGUGCUAAACUCCUUAGGAUGCUCAAAACAGUUCGAGACGAAAGCCGCUCCCCGACCAAAGCCAUUCGGCAGCAUAUUCGCGUCGUUGCGACUGCCCAACCGAAGGUAUUCAAGGAUAGUCCCAUCACUCCCAUCGAAAUUGCUGACCACAACUUACCCGACGUCAAAAUGUACAUCGAAGACGAGCUCAGGAAGGAUGAAAUCCUUCAAGGCCAGCAUGUGGAGAUGUUGGAUCUCCUCAAAGCGAUUCGAGAAACGCUUCCGGACGUGGCCAUGGGUUCCUUUGCUGUCGUACAACAAAAACUCGAAAGAGUUCGAGAAGCUGUGGAUUCUGACGCAUACCUGGAUGACGUGCAGACGAUCUUGGACGAGAAUCCUGCCGACGAUUUGGGGAAGCUGGCGCGGAAGGUUAUCAAGGACUUGAACGUGACACUGAAGCCCCACGACAUUGACCAGUUGAACGAGCUCCUCCAUUGGUGUAUAUUCGGUUAUGAAUACUUCUCAGUUGACCAGUUGAGGGCCACCAUUUUCUUGAACUCUGGGAAGGCUUCGUUGCAACCUUUUGAACGAAAGCUGAAAGAAAAGUACGCGAGAAUCCUCCAUGUCAUCGAUGGUCGAGUGGAGGUAGAUUAUGACAUCGAGGACUUGUUUCGAACCCAGGACAGCUCCGUAUCCGGGCCUGUGACUGCACCAGACUCGGACAACCCUCGCAUAACGAUGACGAUAUCGAUCAACCAGGCAGAUCUACGCACCGUUCAGCAGUUUUUCUGGGAUCUCUCCGACAAAUUGAGAACUGGGAGAUUCGACUUUUCCGCCGACAAAUCGAGCCUUGAUGGCAAGGGCGUCAUCCGAACCGACGAAAUCCGCGCAAGUUACUACAUCGCCGACCAACUUUUGAAGCUUUUGAACGACGAGCCUCAUGAGAAAACCCAAUGUCUUGUCUUAUACGCAUUAAAAUACCUUACGCACCACCUACAAAAGGUCAAAGAAUUUCUAGAUCAGGGGAAAUUAGGAGCAUCGGAACGGAGGAUCAUCGCAAAGAGACUUGUGGAUCUCCUUAGUGACGUGGAGGGAAUCGAGAAGUUCUGGGCCGCAAGCAAUGUGUUAUCCUUGACUUGGAUCGAGCCUGACGAAGUGGAAACAGUCCGAGGUUUGCUCAAGGAUGAAAAGACCCUUGAUGUCCUCCAGCCAAAAGAGCGACGGUGGGUUAGAGUCCAUACCGCAGAAUCCGAGGGCAAAGCAGGUAUCUAUAAACCUAUUUCACUCAUGGUAGCCAGGCACUGGCUGCGAGAUCGUUCUUGGAAGGUGUUUCCUGCUUACUACUGGAUUCAGAAAUAUAUCGAUUUGCAAAACUCGAAGGACGAAGAGGCCGACAAAGGGAAUGGUGAAGAAGGUGACGCAAAUGGCGACGAGAAUAACGACGAGGCUGGCUCCAAUGGAAAUUCAGAGCAGGAACCCGAACCUCGAUCCGACGCCGAUGAAAUUGUAUCUGCUGCGACCUGGGUACAGCAAUCAUUGUCCCUCAAAGAUGAAGACCUGGAUGCCUUAUGGUAUGACCGCCUCGGGGAGACUUGCUAUGAGGCGGACGAGUUUCAGGCCGCAAAAGAAUUUUAUGAAAAAGCCAAAGGACUUCCCAACUGUCAGUGGACUGCAAACCAAGGCUGGGCUCUUGCGGUAUACAAAUUAAGCCAAGCUCAAGACGAUAACCAAGCCCAGCAGAAGGAGCUCAAAGAGUCCGCUUGCAACGAAAUGGAGAUAGCCCUCACCCACCUUCGGUCAACAUCAAAAAUCCCUGAUUCGGGGGAUGACAAUAAGAAGGCUCUUAUCGAAGGCUUGAAGAAACAGGCCUCGUGGCAUGAGGAACUUACUUCAACAGAUCGCGCUUUUGCACUCUACGAAGAGGCACUCGAGGUGGAUCCUGGGGAACAUGAAAUUCGCUGCGACCUGCUCAAAGCUCUCUAUGCGAACAACAGGGAAGCAGACGCGAGGAACAUGCUUCUGCGGAUGAUGAACCAGCGAGGAAAUCCCGCCGAGCUCGACCUUUUCUCGGCCUUACUUCUGCAUCUGACCGAGAGUGAGUGGUACUCUGCAGCUAUCCAACCGAUUGACAUUAUCCUCGCCUUGGCUCGCACAGACGAGACUCUCAACAGUCAGACAUUGGAAGCAUUGCAAACGGCCCUUCGGGACGCCAGAAAGAGCAACCUCACAGUCAGUGAAGGAAUGCUUCUGCUGUAUGAAGGCACUGUCCUUGCACGUGGUUCCACAGACGAUGCUCGUAUUCAGCAGGCCAUCCGCUGUUGGGAAGACUGCCAGUCCCUCUAUCUUUCAUCUCGCUACGACCUAGUUGCUACUCAGGCUCUCGCGUCGCGCUUUUUGACGCAGCACUACUUUCAUCAAGCCGUGAAGGAGGGAAUUACGACGGUAGAACGGGAGGAGCAUGUAGGCAAACUCCUCAGACUGAAGCGCCUUUCAAACAGCUGGAUCCACAGCUUUCGCCCUAAUUCCUUCCUGGCCUCUUACUAUGUUCAACAGAACCAGCUAGAGGAAGCACGGCAGCUAUUCAUGGAAGACAUGGUGGCCGCGAUGGAGAUACUUUCGGACAGCGAUCCGGAGAAUGAUUCUUAUGGGUACAGGUAUCUAGCCAACAUCCUCAUGCAUACUGGAGACGACCUCAACGCGCUCAGUGCGUGGUCUUUGCUCGGGCCGUACGGCCUGUUCAAGAGUCCCGAAGAGGUGCCCUCAAACGGCGAAGACCAGGAUGGUACGCCAAAAGAGAACGGUGUGUCUGAGGCUAAGUAUGACGAGCUGGCAGAAAACGGGAUCCCUGAAGAGGAAGACAACCUCCAACCUUCCGCCCCUGAACAGGCUGAGCACAAGGAAAAGACCGACACUCGUGACGGUCCCCUAGGUUACACUUGUGACGGUCUUUGUAACCAUCUAUGGCGUUAUGCAGACAAUUUCUACACCUGCCGGUAUUGCCCGGACACGCAAUUUACGCCUGACUGCUUCGAGAAGUUGAAGGCCAAUAAGCUCGAACCCUAUAUCUGCCACCCGGAUCACAGCUGGCUUCAUGUGCCAGCGUGGAGCGACAAAGAAGCGCUCGAGAUCGGCCCAGGCAAGGUCCGGGUGCAUGGCGAGCUGCUGGAUGGCGUGAGGGUGGGCGGGGAGAUUGUGGAUACACAGCAAUGGCUUGACGAGAUUCGCGAGAUAUGGAAGGUGCCAAAGAAGGAGGACGUGCCAAUCAUUGCUGAGCCUGUUUUGACACCAAAUGGGUCGAGCAAGUGA